UCUGCUAAGAUGAACUUUGCCUCCUCAUUUCCAUCCUCACAGGGACGUCUCAACUUGUAAUCAUUAAUGAACUAUCCCUGUAAUGGAAGGGUGACUGUACACCCUGCAUAUAGUUCAAGCUGCUUUGGGAAACCAGAAGCUACUGAAAAUGUCGAGCAGGUAUCAUAAAGCAGCAGCCGAUGGCAAUUUGGACCUCUUGAAAGAAGCAACUAGGAAAGACCUUAAUACUUCAGAUGAGGAUGGGAUGACACCCACCAUUUUGGCAGCAUACCAUGGAUAUCUAGAUGCUCUGGAAGUCAUAUGCCGGAGGGGAGGUGAUCCGGACAAAUGUGACAUCUGGGGGAACACGCCUCUCCACCAUGCUGCUUGCAAUGGUCACAUCUCUUGUGUUUCUUUUUUGAUCAACUUUGGUGCCAAUAUCUUUGCUCUGGACAAUGAUUUCCGCACUCCCCUGGAGGCAGCUGCCAGCAGAGACCGCAAACAAUGUGUCCAAAUCCUGGACAAAGCAGCCACCGAGCAGAACAUGCUGAAUCCAAAGAAGGUCUCCAAACUCAAAGCACAGGCCCAGAGGAAUGUGGAGAAACAAAUCAAGGAAUGCGAGAAGCGCCAAGAGAAACACCAGCAUGAAAUGAACAGGAAUUAUAUGAAAGAAAAGGUUGGCACAGUAAACUCUUCCAGAGGGACAUACUCCAGAGUAAAGUUGCCCAGUCUCUUUGCUUCAACUGCAACAAGUUCUUUCUCCAAAAAUCUGAAAGAUACCUUCAAACUGAAGGCAAGAAAGACAGAUGACAACACAAGAAGCCAGGAAAGCAAUGCACAAGAGAAUGGUACAGGUAGGAGAACAGUGAUGCAUUUUUUUGAUGAGAAAGAAGAGGAUGAAUUACUGAAUGAGCUUGAAGAGAAAAGCUUUUCUGAUAAUGACAGUCAGCUCUCCAUUUUUAAGCGGCCGGGUCUUGGCAAGAUUGUGUUUGGAAGGAAUUUGGCUGCAGAUGUAAAUCCUGGAACUGUAUCUUCUGAGAAAGAAGAUACAAGCUUUAAAAUGUCCAGUGAGCUCUUUCAGUUUGAAAAUGCUGAAAACACCAGGGAAGAUGAUGCUGAAAAUGGUGCUGAUAUCCCUUGGUAUGAGGAAGAAGUCAUUUGGGAUGACGAGGAAGCAGAGAACACACCCCUUGAGGUAUUUCUGGCAUCACAGAUGCUGGAUGAGUUUCUUCCUGUCUUCAUGAGGGAAAAAAUUGAUUUAGAUGCCCUGAUGCUAUGUUCUGAUCAGGAUCUACAGAGCAUUCAGAUGGAACUUGGGCCAAGAAAGAAAGUUUUGAAUGCUGUGAAUAAAAGAAAACAGGCACUCAAGACCCCUGGAAAGACUGUAGACACUUGCUUAUAAACUAAGAUACCUGCUGCUGUAACCUGCACCCUGACUCAUUAUCUUUUCCUUUUUCCAAAGAGCAUGCAAUUCUUUUCAGAAGUCUGCUAAAGCAAAAGGCAGAAAAGUUACCAAUUGCUUAGGAAGCACAGCAAGGACAAAGAUUUUUCUCUCUGGACAGACGGCUGUGAUGAGCAGGAUAUUAAUUCAAGCAUAAUCUGACAAGAAGAAAGAAUGUGAAGAUAAAACCCUAAAAGCUACAGAUUCAAAGCUUUUUCUCCCUGAACUGUUUAUGGGGAUUGGUUUCCUUUUGGUCUGAAUAACAUAAAACACUAGCAAAGGCCAGCCACACUACAUUCCUUAGCAAAGCCCUUCCUUCCUUCUCCAAAACCACAAUGCAAAGAACAUUCUCAAAGCUGGAGAGCUUUGAGUUUUCUCCAUUCACUUCUGUUUGAUUCUUACAAACUGCUCUUACUGGUAGUGAUAUGUUAGAAAUAGGAUCUGAAUCUUGAUUAUUGACUCAAAUAACAUCUGAAUUAAUGUAAAUAAGACCAAUUUACAGCAAAUUUCAUGUUCUUGUCAGUAACAUGUUUUGCUAUUGUAUUGAUGCUAAUUUAAAAAUACAUGAAACACCUUGCCAAGAGA